CUUUGCGUAAACAAAGAAAGAACGUCAACUCUCCACGCUAAUCACAUGCCUAGCUCCUUUCUUCUUCUUCGAUCCACUCUUUCAAAACCCUAAUUUUCCCCUCUUUUUUUCUUAUAAACAAUCACCCAUUCUUUAUGGAGAGAUCUGGUGAUAAACUAUUUGAUGCCUCACAGUAUGCGUUUUUCGGACAAAAUGUAUCAGAAAAGGCUGAUUUUGGGUGUAUAGAAGUUGAACAAGAUAACCCUUUGAUUGGACUUGCUGACGAUGAAUAUCGUCUGUUUGAUAGAGAAGAGGAAUCAGGGCUCGGGUCUCUAUCAGAAGUAGAUGAUCUGUCAACUACAUUUUCAAAGUUGAACAGAUCAGUUAGUGGACCUAGGCAUCCUGGAGUUAUUGGUGACCGAGGAUCAGGAUCUGGAUCUUUUUCAAGGGAAAGUUCAUCUGCUUCCGAAUGGUUGCAAGAAAGAGAGUUGACAGAGUGGUUGGACCAACAUAUUACUGACACUGAAUGCUACCAAGGAAGCAGAAGAUGGUCAUCACAACCUCAUCUUUACUCAGAUUCAAAGCCAUUGUACAGAGCAUCAUCAUACCCUGUUGAACAACAGCAGGUCCUCAGUGAACCUGUUUUGGUACCUGACCCAUCUUUCCCUUCCUUCCCUCCUAUUAGUCAAGCAAACCUCUCCUCGCCACGCCAGCAUUCAAAUUUUAUGAAUCUUUCUUCCAAUGCCCAGUUACCCUUUUCGGAGCCAAAUCUUUCACCUUUAUUGAAUUCCAGUAAGCUGCAUUUAAAUCGUGUUCUUCAUGGAUCCCGUUAUAGUGGAAGUGGGUCACACUUAAUUCCUCCUGUUCUUUCACAUUAUUCUCAGCCACAAAAUAAUUGGGCCAAUCAUAUGCUACAUGUGGACCAUGCGGGCCUAUUGAGCAACACGUUUCAGCAGAAAUUGCUUCAUAAUGGAUCACUAUCACCACAUUUUAUAUCACCACUUCAACACUCUGUUGGUCCUUAUGCACCACUUCAGCUGUGCCCACUCCCUUCCCGUUCACUACAUUUAAGUAGUCGAAAAUCCAAAACGAGCCAAAAAAGCAAUCGGCAAAGUGGACGACUUUCUCGUCAGGGCUCUGAUAGUAGUAACCAGAAGAGUGAUAAAUUUCAGGUACAAUUCAAAUCAAAAUACAUGACAUCCGAAGAGAUUGAAUCCGUUCUUAGGAUGCAGCAUUCUGCAACUCACAGCAAUGACCCAUACAUAGACGAUUACUAUCACCAAGCCCGAAUUGCUAAAAUUUCUUCUGAUUCAAAGUCAAAAACCCGUUUCUGUCCCGCUCAUCUUAAAGAUUCACCCUUUAGAUCCUCACGUAACAGUACAGAAUCGAAAAAUAAUGUCAAUAUUGAUGCUAAUGGAAGGAUUUCAUUAACAUUCAUCCGUAGGCCCCAGCCUCUUCUUGAAGUAGAUCCUCCUGUUGAUGGUGGUUCUGAAAACCAAGCAUCUGAGAGACCAUUAGAACAAGAACCAAUGCUUGCAGCCAGAAUUAUGAUCGAAGAUGGCCUUUAUCUUCUUCUUGAUGUGGAUGACAUUGAUCGUCUCCUACAAUCUAGUCAGCCUCAAGAUGGCGGUAUACAAAUAAGACAAAGAAGGCAGGUUCUUCUAGAAGGGUUAGCUACAUCACUUCAGCUUGUUGAUCCUCUCGGGAAAAGUUUGACUGCUAAGGAUGAUAUCAUCUUUUUACGAUUAGUAUCACUUCCCAAAGGCCGCAAACUCAUAUCAAAAUACCUUCAGCUUCUCUCACCAAGUGGUGAACUUGCACGGAUAGUAUGCAUGGCGAUUUUCCGUCACUUAAGGUUUCUAUUUGGCGGCCUUCCUUCUGACCCAUCAGCGUCCAUGACCAUUACUGGUUUAGCAAAAACGGUCACCACAUGCGUUGGUUCAAUGGAUCUUAAUUCUUUGAGUGCUUGUCUUGCUGCAGUAGUGUGUUCUUCAGAGCAGCCACCAUUACGUCCUCUCGGGAGCCAGUCCGGAGACGGGGCUUCGGUUGUUCUAAAAUCUGUUUUGGAUCGGGCCACUUCAUUGUUAAGUAACCCUCCAGUUUCUACCAACUCUGGGUUGCGAAAUCCUAAGCUAUGGCAAGCCUCCUUCGAUGCGUUUUUUGGGCUUCUUACGAAAUACUGCUUAAGCAAGUAUGAUAGUUUAGUACAAGCUAUGUGUACACAGGUCCCACCAACCACAGAAAUUGUUGCUUCAGAGGCAGCACUUGCUAUCAGUAGAGAAAUGCCGGUUGAACUUCUGCGUGCCAGUCUUCCACACACUGAUAAUAAUCAGAGGAAGAUGUUAGUUGAUUUUUCACAAAGGUCCAUGCAGGUUGCUGGUUUGACUGAUCCAAGAGGGAGCAUUGGUCAAGUGAAUCCUGAGUCGGUUUUGUUGCAUGGUGCAGUUUGAUGGUUUUUAUUCAUCCUCGCUGUGACGUUAAAUUGGAAAGAGAUGUGAUGAAGUUGGUAAUUCUUCUGCAUGUGGUGCAGUCGUAACUUUAAACAGUUUUAACUAAUAGGAUGACUUCCGUGUAUAGAGAGGUACACUCGUGAAAGGUGAAAGGGGAGGCAUGUUUUUUUGGGUACUCCCUGUUUCUUUCGGUGCUUCUUAUUUCAUACAUUUAUACAAUGUAACAUUCGUAAUUACUCUUGGAUGAUUUAGUUCGCGUUCACGUCUACAAUUUCCAUUAUCUUUUUUAUUUUAUUUGAAAUGUUUUUGUAUUGA